GCAAUUGGCAAAAGUGAUUUUUAAUUCAAUUUUCCCCCGCCUGGCGCUGGUUUUCUUCCGGUGGAGUCUUUUCCCAAGUAGCACGAUUAUCGGGCAAGAUGACCGAAGGCACAGCUACCAUCAGAACUAGGAAGUUCAUGACCAAUCGGCUGCUAUGCCGUAAACAAAUGGUCGUGGAUGUACUCCACCCAGGCCAGCCCUCAGUUCGCAAGACCGAGAUUCGUGAGAAGCUCGCCAAAAUGUACAAAGUCACCCCAGAUGUUGUUUUCGUGUUUGGAUUCCGCACGAACUUCGGUGGUGGCAAAUCAACUGGUUUUGCAUUGAUCUACGAGACUUUAGAUUUCGCUAAGAAAUUCGAGCCCAAGCACAGAUUACAGAGACACGGACUCUUUGAGAAGCAAAAGGUCACCAGGAAACAACGUAAGGAACGUAAGAACAGAAUGAAGAAGGUGCGAGGUACCAAGAAGAGCAAGGUCGGAGCUGCGGCUAAGAAGGGGAAGAAGUAAAAGAAUAAUGCAAAUAAGUAUCAUCGAGCUUCAAUGGAGGAUGGUCUCAUUAUAUGAUUUGUUAUUCGUCAGCAUGUCAACGUCUUAUGUAAACUGGGAUUAUCAUUUUCUAUUUCCUUGAAUAAUUUUAUUCAAUUGUUGUCUCUCGUUCCAUUUGAUUAAACUAAUUUGGUGGUUCAAGGUUCAUUUUUCGUUGGAAUAAAACUCUUUUGUCGUCGUUGUGGCAUGAAUAGUCCAAAAAUCAUAUUCAUUUCACUUAUUUUGGACGAAAAUCAUCAUUUAUUGUCAAUAUAAAAUUUAAACAUUAUAAUUCGCUUUGCAUGGGGCGAUAAUUGGUGCUGGGACACACUAUUCGGCUUAAAACUUCUCUCCAAUCAUCUUUAAUUGUUGUUUAAUCAAAAUUUUUAAUCAAAAUUACUGACAUCAAAAUGUUUAAUUCUC